CCACAAAAGAACAGACAAGCAACCGGUGCAGAGCGAAAAGAGCGGAAAAGUAACAUUCCAACAUUCUAACAAUGGAACACUGCGACAUUGUAACAUUGGUUUUGUUUGAGGAUCCCGCGUAAAAUACACACGCUGACAGCCGGAGGAGUUUUCAGACAGCGAAUGUGGAUUGUGUUUGAAGCAGCUGACUGGGCACUUUUUUUUGGAUACGGUUGUACUGAACGGAAACGGGGGGAAACCGUCUGAAUAAUAACGACAAUAUGCGGAGCCGUUUACAUUCCGCAACCAGAAGUUUAUGGAAGGCGAUAUGGGAAAGUUAGUUUCUAAACGCGAAUGUCACUAACAGAACCGAUGUGGUUCUUCGAACCUCGUUUGCUUCGGACACGUCAUGUAAUAAUGAUCAUCAUGUCUUAUGUUAUGGAUUCAUAACGCUAUUCGUUUGCUUCUUUAACGUUACAUUCUGAAACCGCCACACAUCAAAUGGCAUAAGAAGAUGACUGAAUUUCACAAAGCUCAUUUCACAAAAACGCAUCGGGAGUUCUUUAUAUCGCAUUUGCUUGGACUUGUAUGUGAUUCUGGUUAAAUUGAUCGUUGAUGGCUGUUUCUGUUCGGAUUUACUCUCCACCGGCUGAUCAGGAGGGAUCGAUCCGCCUGAUUCACCGUUUCCAGCAUCUACAGGAGGAGGACGAGCUCGGGACGCGAGAGAGGCUGGUGGUUUUAGACCUGGACUGUUUCGAAGACUCGGUUUUAAUAUCUGGACCUGGAUUAUAAAGCCAGUUCCCUGGAAAUCGUCCCCGUCUUGUGUGCUUUAUGCCUUCGUGAGGGUUUCGCAGGCAGGGAUGCAGUUGAAUCGACCCAAGAGCGCGCAUCUCAUCAGCUCCAGUCCGCACAGUUCAUCCUCUUAUUCCAGUCAGUUCAAAAGCAUGCGCUUCUCAUACCACAUCAGCAGCGGUUUACCCAGUCCACAGCCUGCCCUGCGCAGAUCAGGCCCAUCAUCCACCAGUCCACAGCUGCUAACCAAGAGUCUGUCCCUUGAGCCAGGCCCCUGCCUCGGAGCCCAUGAGACCCCACAGCGCCUCUGCUCUGACCCUGGACCCCUGGAAACACAGCACUGCAAUGGCACAAGUGAGGACGGACCUCAGGACGUCCCGCCUCCACCCACUAAAACACGCCCACCUUUACCUGGGCCAAAGCCUCAAGUGCCCCCGAAACCCCCUCAUCUACAGCAGAAGAGUGCUCGAAGGACAUGCCCCCCGGAUAAACCCCUCCCACCUCCACCACCCUCCCGCCCUCUCCCUGCCGACCCCCGCCAAUCACACGCCACCUUACCGCGAGCAGAGGGAAGCUCCUCCCCCACUUGUGUCCUCUCACUCAUCGAGAAGUUUGAGAGGGAGCAGAUCAUCGUUGUGCCAGAUAUCACCGGGGGAGUGAUGUGCACCCCACGGGUCCCCGAACAGCAGGCCGCUUCUGGGCCUUUUAGCCCUCCACCCUCGGAGUUCAUCCUGCCCUGCACGUCCCUUCAGGAACCACUAGAGGCGCCGCUGGCUGAGGACGAGGUCGAGAAAGAAGAAAAGGAGGAGGAAGAAGAGGUGGACGAAACCGAGGAGGAUGACAGCGAACUCGGGGCUUCCUGCUCAGAAAAGCGUCUCUCUAUGGAAUCAGGCUAUGGUGCCUCUGAUAAACUGCUGGACACUAUGGAAACGAGGGACCUUACAGCCAACCAAUCAGAAAUCCCCUCGGAACGCUUGUCCCUCCCUCCGUCACAGAUGGAUGGGAAGCUGGCCAAUAGAGACAGUGGUAUUGACAGCAUCAGCUCGCCCUCACACAGCGAGGAGCUCUGCUUUGUUGGGGACGAGAGGGAGAUUUGCCCCUGCAGCCCAGGGCCCGGGCUUCCUUGCAGCUAUGCCGAGGGGCCCGAAGGAGACGGGGCCAGUGGUGUGGAGGGCGGCAGAGACUCAGAGGGAGACAGUGAUAUGGAGGAGGGCAGCGGGGACGAGAGUGAGAUGAACCCCAUGGCUCUACAACCUCUGCCUAAAGCUGAACGACAAGACUCCACUGAGCUGUCAGUCCAGCAGCGGGUGUUUAACAUUGCUAAUGAGCUGCUGCAUACGGAGAAGGCUUACGUGUCCAGACUGCACCUCCUGGACCAGGUGUUCUGCGCCCAGCUGAUGGAGGAGGCCCGAGCUCGCAGCUCCUUCCCCUGUGAGGUGGUCAUGGGCAUCUUCUCCAACAUCUGCUCCAUCUACUGCUUCCACCAGCAGUUCCUGCUGCCAGCGCUGGAGAAACGCAUGGAGGAAUGGGAUCUGAACCCCCGCAUCGGGGACAUCCUGCAGAAACUGGCGCCUUUCCUGAAGAUGUACGGCGAGUAUGUGAAAAACUUUGACCGGGCCAUGGAGCUGGUGAACACCUGGAUGCAGCGCUCCUCUCAGUUCAAAGCCAUCAUUCACAACAUCCAGAAAGAGGAGAUGUGUGGGAAUCUUACCCUACAGCACCACAUGUUGGAGCCAGUGCAGAGGAUUCCUCGCUACGAGCUCCUGCUCAAAGACUAUCUUCACCGCCUGCCAGAGGACGCAGACGACUUCAAAGACGCUCAGAAAUCUCUGGAGCUUAUCGCCACAGCGGCAGAACAUUCAAAUGCUGCCAUCAGGAAAAUGGAGCGCAUGAGAAAGCUGUUGAAAGUGUACGAGUUGCUCGGUGGAGAAGAGGACAUUGUUAACCCGACUAAUGAGCUCAUCAAAGAGGGACACAUCCUGAAACUGUCAGCCAAAAACGGGACAUCACAGGAUAGAUACCUCAUUCUGUUCAAUGACAGGUUGUUGUACUGUGUUCCCAAACUGAGGCUGAUAGGACAGAAGUUUGGAGUGCGAGCGCGGAUUGAUGUAGACGGGAUGGAGCUGAAGGAGACCAGCAGCAUGAACGUACCGCGAACCUUUCUGGUUUCGGGAAAACAGCGUUCACUGGAACUGCAAGCAAGUACGGAAGAGGAGAAGAGAGAUUGGAUUCAGGCGAUCCAGGCCACUAUACAGAGACAUGAACAGACGCUGGAGACCUUCCGGAUGCACAACUGCUCGUUUCGGGAGGAGGACUUCACUCCUCCAAACUCUCCGAAUUGCUCAGAGCUUGGAAAGCGAGCGCCCACGCCGAUCCGGGAGAAGGAGGUCACGCUGUGCAUGAAGUGUCAGGAGCCUUUCAACUCGAUUACUAAAAGACGGCAUCACUGCAAAGCCUGUGGACAUGUGGUGUGUGGGAAGUGUUCGGAGUUCCGCGCCCGUCUGUUGUACGAUAACAACCGAGCCAACCGUGUGUGUAUAGACUGCUACACCAUGCUAGUGGGAGUGCCACCCUCUCCGGCCAGUCUGAGCAACAGCGCACUGAGACGCCGCUCCAUUCUAGAGAAACAGGCCUCGGUGGCAGCUGAGAACAGUGUGUUGUGUAGUUUCCUGCAUCAUAUGGAGAAGGGAAGUGGACGUGGAUGGCAGAAGGCUUGGUUUGUUAUUCCUGACAAUGAACCACUGGUGCUGUACAUCUAUGGUGCUCCGCAGGAUGUCAAAGCCCAGCGCAGUAUUCCCCUCAUCGGGUUCGAGGUGUCUCUACCCGAAUCAAGUGACCGUCUAGAACGACGCAACGCCUUCAAAAUGAGCCAGAGUCAUUUGACCGUCUACUUCAGUGCCGACUGUGAGGAGCUGCAGCGGCGUUGGAUGGAGGUCUUAUCAAGAGCCGGCAGGGGUGAGGAGCUGCAGUCAAACGGUCCGAUAUCCGAGGCCCUUGAGGAAGAAGGGGAGGAGCCAGUACCUACGGGAGAAAGCACAUGAUUGGCUGAAAACAUGAUAUCAUUUUGCACACACAAGCUGUACAAAUGUGACCACAGUGACAGGAUAUAAUAGACAAACACACACACACACAUAUACCUUCUCUCUUACACACAUCUUUAUUAAUUGUCAGUUGUAAAUUGCAUGAAAUAUCUACAGGUAUUUUUCUCUGUGUAUUGCUCAUCUUGUGUGAGUAACCAGUGUUUGGAACAAUCUGACAAAAGUGUGCACACUUCAAAGAUGACUUAUCAGAGGACACUUGAUUACGUCCAUCAACUCUUUCAGCCGCUAGAAGUUUCUUUGUUAAAUCGACAGUUUCUGCCAAAUCUCGAGGUGUUGUGAAGUGGUUUCUCGAUCGAGGUUAUGGUUUAGGAAAAGUGAGAUGGUUCUACGGUUUGCUGGCUGUGCGUGAACGUUUGGUCUGGUUUCAUGAAAUGUUUAGGUGACUUAGAAGAGAUUCUACAGUAAAAUACCCUAGUUUACAUAACCAGAAGCUGGAGGGAAUUUUGUUGAUUUCAAAUCUGCUAUGAAGAAUGAAUCUUGCCAAUAUUAAUGGCAAUAAUCUGCUUGGUACCCUGGAUUUCUCAUUUCGAUGACGUUACACAUUGGCUAUUGCAUUCAGUAGUGAAUUGUGACAGGACUGGCCACAUGAACCGUUGUUCAGCUAUGCAAGCCUGUGUACAUGUGUGGUAAUCAGGAACUGCUGGAACAUAGCAAGAAUAUUUAUUAAGCGGGUUUUAACCACUCACAACGACAGAAAUAUGUGCUUCCUGUUGAAUCCACGGUCCUUCAGGUCAGAAAACACCAAUAAAUUUACUCUGCCACCUAGUGGACGCUGAUCACAGCGCGCGCACAUUCUAGGAGUGAAUGUCAGGGAACAUGUCAAGAAACUAAAUUACAAACUUUUGCAUAUAAAGUAAAUGAAUCUUGAUUUAAUGACCGUUAAGAUUUUUGUUGCACUGUGACAUGGUUUAAUAGUAAAAAUCUCAUUACUAUAAGUUGAAAUAAAUUUUAUAUUAUUUAAAUUGUAAAAUACAUAUUUAUAAAGUGUAGUAUUAUAUGAUGUAUUGUCAUUAAUUUAUGCCGGUAAAAAAAAAAAACUUUGCAGUAAUGAGAAUCUGUUAAGAACUAUUGAGAAAAACAUGAAAACAAAACAUCUUAAUAUGUCACAAUGUAAAAAAUUAAAACUUAAUGGUGCUUUGGGGGUGAAAUGUGUUGAAGCUGGUUUCUGCCAUGGGAUAAAAAAUAAGAUAAUUGUGACUUAUCUCAAAGUUCUGAAUUUUUUCUUGCAAUUCUUAGUUUAUUUCUCACAGUUCUGGCUUUAACUCAUAAUUACAAUAUGUAAAUUAAAAAUUCUGAGAAAAAUUUUGAAUUGUGAGAUAUAGACUCACAAUUGCAACAAAAGUCAGAUUUAUGGGACAAAUGAAAAAAAUAAUAAUUAUGAAAUAAAAUUUACUUAUAUAUUUUUUUUUAUUCUAUGGCAGAAUCUGGCUCUCCUACAAUGUGACCUGGACAUGUUUUUGUGAGAUUCACACCUAGGACUGUCCCUUUUGUUCAGACUGUACAGAAAAACCAUUCAGAGGAGGAAAACAUGUGUAAUAGGAACGUUUCAAUAAAGGGACUUGACAGGGCUGUCCCUACAGGAUAAAAGAGAUUUUAUCCUGUUUUUUGAGUGUGCAUCAGUGAUUCUGAAUGCAGUAGUGUUAUUGCAUUUGAUAAGAAUGCAGAUAAUAUGCUGAUUUACGGUCAUGAGGGUGUGUUUGAAUCGGGCUAGUUUUUAUCGUUGUAAGCUCAAUGAUAUCCCUGCCUUAUUUAGAGGGGGUUUUGAUAAAUGUAGUAUAUAUAAAUAAAAAAGGUAAAAGUUUUGAUGAGGAUAUCAAACGUUUUCAACCGUGUUGUAUUUGUGUAUGAAAAGUGCAAAAGAUUAAAAGACAAAUUCAUUUGUAAAUAUAAGUUAUUCCUCUGAGCCCAGUUUUGUGGGUUAGGUAUUGUCGAUGAGCUUCGGUGUUUGAUCUCUGUUAUGUGCCGUUUUAAAUGGACUUCUGAGCAUUGUGGUAAAUUCCAGGUCAAGAAAAGCUUAAGAUAAGACCAUCUUAAGAUUCUUUUUUUUUUUUUUUUUUUUUACAGAGGUUGAUAUUCAGUGUUUUAGAAAGAGCUUCAUUUUCAUUUCCUCUUUUGAAUCCAGUUAUUUGUCAAAUGUGAACGCCUGAUGACUCACUAAGAACUUUUUUGUGUUUGAUAUUGCUUUAAUUUUGCUCUUUGUUGUCAAAGACAUUGCUCAAGAAAGUGAAGGUGAAUCAGUCGGUGUGUUUUCCCAGUCCACCAGCCUCCAGCCUGUCUGUGUUUUCCUUCCUCAGAGGUUUUUGGACUGUUGAUGGCGUGGCUUUGGGACAGGGCUGUGUGUGUGUUCACUUCCAUAUGUUUACGACUUGUACUGGUCAUUCCCAGAUCCUCAGUUGAGCCUGCCAGUCACUCACGCUGACACACACAUUCAUCUUCCUGCUUCUCUCAGUAUAAUUGUUCUUGAUAUCCUGCCUUACUGAUAUUUUGCAAUCUUGUGCUUAUCUUCACAUUGUUUUCCACAAUUGCCUUUUGCCAAAGUAUAACUGUGUACUAAAUUGAAAUGUUUAUCACAUAUUUUGUUUCUUUACCUUUCUUUUUUGUUUAAUGCUAAUAUUUAUUGUUUCUUUUUUUUACUUGAGGUAGUAAACUUUGCAAUGAACCAAAAGAUGAACACUACCGAAAUACAAAGGAAAAACGCUAUUUGUUAACAUUUGGGAGAAUUUAAGUUAUUGUUUCUGUGUGCUCUUAAGUAUGUUUUAGUCCCACAAUAAUUGGAAGGUAAUGCAUGAAAUUAGAUUUUUAAUAUUUUGGUUUCUAUUUUUCAUCACUUGGGCCACAAAAUUUAUUUGUAAACUAUUUUUUAAGGGAUUUAUUUCUCUGAAAUCUCACAAAAACUACAUUUUUCAAAGAAGAUGUCGAUGAAGUACACUGUAGUUAAUUUUUAGUAAGGAUAUCUGAACAACUGUGCAUUUUUAUCUGACAUUAAGAGUCAUAUACAGAAACAGAGGUGCUAUUUUAUUGUUUGAUCAAGGGAAUAGCUUUGUGUUUAUAAAUAUAUGAUAUAAUGGGAUCAGGAAUUCAGUUUUCCUGCAUAAUUACAUGAACAGGCUAUAAAAUGAGAGUUUUAGUCUUUAAUGUGGAGGAAGAACAAAAUGGUACUCUAAAGAUUAUUCUGUGUGGCAAGAAUCAUUUGGGAGAAACCAUUACAUAUCUGUGGUGCAGAACAGAGAAUUAAAUUACAUUGUAUAUAUUGUAUAUGCUCAGAUCUGCAUACCAAAAGAUUCCACGAACCGCAUGGUCUGAUGAUGAUGAUGUAAUCUGUUCCUACACCUGGAUUUUCGACUUGAGUGUUCUGAAUCUUGUUCACUUUUAUAACCUAGUUCUAUUGCACCAAAACAUUUUGCCAUGAGGAUGAUUACUUUGUUACACACCAAACAUUGAAACCCUAUUUAUUAUAAACCAGGGUUUGGUCAAGCAGUUUUUUAUAUGGAAUCUAAAGAAAGAAAUGUGGAGGCACGGACAACUGUUUGGCUCAUAGAUGUUAAUGAUUACUUUUCUACAGAUGAUCAACCAUUUCUUCUCUUCUGCUCUCUGGCAUCCUCACAGAAUGAGCGCCUCCUGUCUUGUUUCUGUCUUUUUUUUUUUGCUGACUCUUCAAGUGAUGUAGCCUACAUCUGCAACAAAUCAGCAGAAAGGGAUUUGUAAAACAUUGCCAGACAGCCCUAUCUUCUCAAGGACGGUUCACAUGUGUUAUUGUGCUCAGAAACACUCUCUCAGACAAACAAGAAACGGCUGUAUUACAAGCUUUGAUAUGUUUGAUUCUUCAAGCCCAUUAGCCGAACCGUCACAAUAUAUGGCACAAGUAUACAUGCUAUUGUUUUUCCUCAAGAAACCUGGUUUAUUGUACACAUAAUGGGUAUUACUGUUAUUUUAAGUACUAUUAGAAUUAUUAUUGUUGAUUAAAUUAGUGGCAGGCCACUGGGUACCAUUGUAUGUUAAUAUCCCAAUGAAAUCUGUGCAAGAUCAUGAAAAUGUUUAUGAAAUAAAGUAAUAAAAGAACAAAAA